AUGGAUGCCUUCUGCAGUCUCAGCGGCCUGGACCCUCUCUGGGACUGGAACCGUACAUGGUACACACCCAACCCAGACUUGACCCAGUGCUUCCAGAACACAGUGUUGGUGUGGGUUCCCUGUAUCUACCUCUGGCUGUGUGCGCCCUUCUACUGCCUGUAUCUCUACUGCCACGACCAUGGACACAUACGCGUCUCCUGCCUGUGCAGUGCCAAGAUGGUCUUUGGGUUUCUCUUGGCCUCCUUCGGCUUUGUGGAGUUCUUCUACAUCCUACUGGAGAGGAACCAGGAGAUCCAGCAGCACAUGGUGUUCCUGCUCAGCCCCAUCAUGCGCAGCCUGACUGUGGUGCUGGCAAUCUGUAUCAUUCAGCUGGAGAGGAUGAGGGGCUGCCGCUCCUCCAUCUUCCUCUUCCUGUUCUGGCUGCUGGCAGUGUUGUGCUCACUGGUGCCCUUGAGAGCCAAGAUCCAGCUGGCUGUAGACGAGGGAUUCUCAUCAGAUGCUGUGCGAUACUUGGCUUUCUUCUCAUAUUUCUCCCUGCAAAUGGCUCAGCUGUUUCUCUCCUGUUUUGCUGACCAUCCCCCAAGCACUGCAAAACCUGUCUUGGUGAAGAACCCCUGCCCAGUCCAGGAUGCCUCCUUCUUGUCAAAAUUCCUCUUCUGGUGGUUCAGUGGGCUUGUGGUUAAGGGAUACCGCACUCCUCUUCAGGCUGAGGACCUCUGGUCACUGAGGGAGGAGGACACAUCCAACAAGAUCAUCUCUGAUCUGGAGCAAGAGUGGACAGCGGAGUGCACCAAGCUCCAGAAACAGGAGAAGUCUUUGAACAGUGGCGUGGCCCUGGGCACCAGGCUGACAGACCAGGCACAGCUCCUCCGGAAGCUGCAGAAGGAGCAGAGCUCAGGGUUCUGCCUACUCCGGACUUUGGCCCGUAACUUUGGUCCCUACUUUCUGUCAGGGACACUGUGCCUUAUGAUCCAUGAUGCCUUCAUGUUCUCCAUCCCACAGGUGCUCAGUCUGUUGCUAGGGUUCAUGAGGGAUGAGGACGCCCCCCUGUGGAAGGGCUAUUUCUAUGCAUCUUUGAUGUUCCUGCUCUCCUGUCUCCAGUCCCUCUUCAACCACCAGUACAUGUACAGCUGCUUCACUGUGGGGAUGCGGGUGAAAACAGCUGUGAUGGGUCUCGUGUACAGGAAGUCAUUGGUCAUCAACAGUGCGGCGCGCAGGACCUGCACUGUGGGAGAGAUAGUGAACCUGGUGUCGGCUGACACGCAGAAGCUCAUGGACUUUGUGGUGUACUUCAAUGCGGUGUGGCUGGCUCCCAUUGAGAUUGCACUUUGUCUCUUCUUCCUCUGGCAGCACUUGGGCCCAUCUGCCCUGGCCGGCAUUGCUACAGUUAUCCUCAUCUUUCCGCUCAACGGAUUCAUAGCCAAGAAACGGAGCAAACUCCAGGAGGUGCAAAUGAAGUAUAUGGAUGGCCGUAUCAAGCUAAUGAAUGAGAUUUUGAAUGGAAUCAAAAUCCUUAAGUUCUAUGCCUGGGAAAAGGCCUUUCUGGAGCAAGUCCUGGGGUACAGGCAAAGAGAGCUAAAAGCCCUGAAGAAAUCUCAGAUCCUCUACUCCAUUUCCAUCGCUUCGUUCAACUCCUCUUCCUUUCUGAUUGCGUUUGCAAUGUUUGGAGUCUACGUGCUGACUGAUGACAAAAACGUCCUGGACGCACAGAAGGUCUUCGUGUCCAUGGCUCUGAUCAAUAUCCUGAAGACUCCCCUGAGCCAGCUACCUUUUGCCAUGAGCACAACUAUGCAGGCCAUUGUCUCACUGAAGCGCCUUGGAAAAUUUCUCUGUCAAGAAGAACUGAAGCCUGACAGUGUAAAUAAAGUGCCUUUCAGCCCUGAUGGAGAUGCUGUGGUGGUAGACAAUGGCACUUUCAGUUGGUCUAGAGAGGGACCUCCAUGUCUCAAGAGGGUCAGUGUGCGUGUGCCACGAGGCUCUCUGGUUGCAGUGGUGGGUCAUGUGGGCAGUGGGAAGUCCUCUCUGCUCUCUGCAAUGCUGGGAGAAACUGAGAGGAGAAGUGGCAGCGUCAAAGUCAAGGGUUCUGUGGCCUAUGUGCCUCAGCAAGCCUGGAUCCAGAAUGCCACUCUGAAAGACAACAUCUUGUUUGGACGUGAUAAGAAGGAGAGCUGGUACCAGCGAGUGUUGGAGGCCUGCGCCCUUCUGCCUGACCUUGAGAUCCUGCCUGCUGGGGAUGCCACUGAGAUCGGGGAGAAGGGCCUGAACCUCUCGGGAGGCCAGAAGCAGCGGGUGAGCCUGGCUCGUGCCGUGUACAGGAAAGCCGACGUUUACCUUCUCGAUGACCCUUUAUCUGCUGUGGAUGCCCAUGUGGGUCAGCACAUCUUCGACAAAGUCAUAGGGCCCAAGGGUGUGCUAAGGGACAAGACACGCAUUCUAGUGACACAUGGGAUGAGCUUCCUGCCGCAGGCAGACCUGAUACUGGUGCUGGUGGAUGGAGAGAUCACAGAAAUGGGCUCCUACCUAGAACUGCUAAGUCGGCACGGCGCCUUUGCGGACUUUAUACGGGCUUUCGCCAGCAGCGAGCGGAAAGAGAGCUCCGUACAAAGAGGUACCAGGAAGUCAUCCUCAAGACUCAGUAUGACGGACUUUAUGCCUUUCUCAAGAGACCUCUCCCAGGAACAGCUUAUUGGAGGUGACACUGUCAGCACCAGUUUGCAGACCAUGGAGCCUAUAACAGACACAGACCAGGAGCAGAUCCCAGAGGAUCUUGGGAAGUUGACUGAGGUUGACAGGGCCCGCACUGGCAGGGUGAAAGUGGAAAUGUAUAUGGAGUACUUCAAGACCAUAGGCUUGGCCCUUAUCCUGCCCAUCCUCUUCCUGUAUGCCUUUCAGCAGGCCGCUUCACUGGCUUACAACUAUUGGCUGAGCCUGUGGGCUGAUGAUCCCAUUGUUAACGGAACACAGAUUAACACAGACUUGAAGCUGGGCGUUUACGGGGCCCUUGGCUUUGCACAAGGGGUGGCUAUUUUUGGUACAACUGUGGCGAUCUCAGUGGGAGGCAUCAUCGCCUCACGAGCCCUGCACCUGGACCUCCUGAACAACGUGCUACACUCCACCAUGUCAUUCUUUGAGAGCACACCCAGCGGCAACCUACUCAACCGCUUCUCCAAGGAGAUUGAUGCCAUCGACUGCAUGAUCCCCGAUGGGCUGAAGAUGAUGUUGGGCUAUAUGUUCAAGCUGUUGGAAAUCUGCAUCAUCGUGCUGCUGGCGACACCCUUUGCAGCGGUCAUCAUCCUACCCCUGGCGCUCCUGUACGCCUUCAUCCAGAGUUUCUACGUGGCCACAUCCUGCCAGCUGCGCAGGCUGGAGUCCGUCAGCCGCUCACCCAUCUACACCCACUUCAACGAGACGGUGCAGGGAGCCAGCGUGAUCCGAGCCUUUGGGGAGCAGCCCAGGUUCAUCCUCCAGGCCAACCACAGGGUCGACCACAACCAGACCUCCUACUUCCCCAGAUUCGUGGCCACCAGGUGGUUGGCGGUGAAUCUCGAGUUCCUUGGCAACGGCGUGGUUCUCGCAGCAGCGAUCCUCUCUGUGAUGGGGAAGGAGACUCUGAGUCCAGGCAUUGUGGGUCUGGCGGUAUCCCAUUCCCUGCAGGUUACAGGAAUUCUGAGCUGGAUUGUGCGGUCAUGGACAGAUGUGGAGAAUAACAUUGUGUCAGUGGAGAGGGUGAAAGAGUAUGCUGACACACCAAAAGAGGCAGCCUGGACGGUAGAGAGCAGCGCCCUCCCUGUAGCCUGGCCUCAAACAGGCACCAUUGAGUUCCAUGACUAUGGCCUGCAGUACCGCAAGGGCUUGGAAUGGGCUCUUAAGGGCAUCACUUUGCACAUCCAAGAGAGAGAGAAGGUUGGAAUUGUGGGUAGAACUGGAGCUGGGAAGUCCUCCUUGGCCCUUGGAAUUUUUCGGAUCCUGGAGGCUGCCAAAGGAGAAAUCUACAUUGAUGGAAUCAAUAUCGCUGAGAUAGGACUUCAUGACCUGAGGUCCCGCAUCACCAUCAUCCCACAGGACCCAGUGCUGUUCUCUGGCUCUCUGCGCAUGAAUCUGGACCCCUUUGAUGCGUACUCCGACGAGGAGGUGUGGAGUGCUCUGGAACUCGCCCAUCUCAAGAACUUUGUGUCAGGCCUGCCGGACAAACUGAACCACGAGUGCUCAGAGGGGGGAGAGAACCUAAGUCUGGGGCAGCGGCAGCUUGUGUGUCUGGCUCGCGCUCUCCUACGCAAAACCAAGAUCCUGCUUCUGGACGAAGCCACGGCGGCUGUGGACCUGGAGACGGACAACCUGAUCCAGUCCACCAUCCGCAGCCAGUUCGAAGACUGCACAGUGCUCACCAUUGCUCACCGCCUCAACACCAUCAUGGACUAUACCAGAGUUAUUGUAAUGGACAAAGGGCAUAUCGCGGAGAUGGACUCCCCAUCCAAUCUCAUCGCACAGAGAGGCCAUUUCUACAGAAUGUGCCGGGAGGCCGGGCUGGUGUGA